AUGUGAUCUUAACCGCGAACGCGGCGCGCAAAAAUUUUCGCGGCGCGAUCGCCAAUUUUUCGCGGAACGCGCAAAAUUCGCGGCCGCGACAUAAUCGCGGCAAGAAUAAAGCGCGGAUGUAACUAGGGCUUAUUCCUGUAGCUUUGAGCUGACAAUGAGCAUUUAGCUAGUUCAUUGUCCAAUAAUUGUAAACAAACUCUUCAAAAAAAGGGAAGAGCAGACGACGGGCUUCUCGCUUCGAGUGUAGAAUAGAGAACUAAAAUACUGAAGAACUCGUUUUCAGUUCCCUCAGGAUCGAAGAUUUUACUAUAAAGAUGAAUUAUACGCAUAUAUAUUUCGAACAUGAUUCUCUAGACGGCACGUUGCAGCCCCAGAUUUUAAUCAAGAACAAACAAGCCAUGUUUGUCCAAGAAGAAUUGUCCAGAGACAAUCGUCCCUUCGUCUUCAAAACUCCGCUGAAGUUGUGGAGCUUCCUUCAGCAGUCACUACAUCAUUUCACCGAAGUUCUCAUGUGCAACCGGUAAUGAAUCUACAAAGUUCACAACCGAUUAGAUCAUCUGCCGCUCCCUCAACACCAACUGCUAACCAACAAAAAACUAUCCGAAAUACAGGAAGUCGGAUUCGUGGGCGGAGAGAAGGUCGGAGACAACAUCAACAAAAUACAAAUAAUGUUAAUCAAGAUUCGGUUAAUAUAAGUACCGAUGAUCCUCAUCCAACCCGUGGUGAUCAUCCGGCAAGAACAACAAUUACAAGGAUGAUGCGGGAGGCGAUUAAUCGCUAUAAUGAUUUUUUUGGAUGA